UCGCACAGAGAGCCAACCUGAAGACAGACGGAUGUCAGAGAGAAGCGCUGUGCACACAUCCUGGACAAACAGCUGGCCAGAUAGAGACAGACAGGUACGCUGACCGACAGACAGGAAGGAGGACAUCCACACAAUCCAUGCAGAGGGGAUGGGGGGUUGACAGACAGGGACAGACCUGCCGCCUCGAGGACACUUUGGCCGCCACUACUGAGCAGAAGAAGCUGAGCCAUGCUGGAUCCAAGCCCUCCCUCUCCGAGAGCAGCGGCCGACUCCCUCAGAUAGCCAUGAACACCUACAAGUACAAUGGCGGGGUGGUGAGACCACUAGUUGGCAGCCUGGCGUCCUCGUCGCGCCGCAAUCUCGCGGAGCUCGACUCGGAGACGCAGCCCUUGCAGACGCUGCACAGCUCCGGCCUGGAGGUGGUGGUGUCCAAGGGCAAUGGCGGCGAAGACCCCAGCAAGACGUCCAACGAGAGCCUGGUCAGGGAGGGCAGCGUGCGAGCCGGUGGCAGGGCGCCGCAGAAGAAGAAUAGGGACAUUGGCUACAGGCUUGGCCACCGGAGGGCGCUGUUUGAGAAGCGAAAGCGGCUCAGCGACUACGCGCUCAUCUUCGGGAUGUUUGGGAUUGUUGUCAUGGUGACAGAAACGGAACUGUCAUGGGGGGUUUACACUAAGGAAUCUUCAUACUCAUUUGCACUGAAAUGCCUUAUCAGCCUUUCCACUGUUAUAUUGCUUGGUCUUAUAAUAAUGUACCAUGCCCGGGAAAUCCAGCUGUUUAUGGUCGACAAUGGUGCGGACGAUUGGAGGAUAGCCAUGACGUAUGAGCGGAUCUUCUUCAUUGUGCUAGAGCUGCUGGUGUGUGCCAUCCAUCCCAUACCAGGCCAGUAUGUGUUCACCUGGACGGCGCGGCUGGCCUUCACCUACACGCCGUCAGUGGCCGACGCUGACGUGGACAUCAUCCUCUCCAUCCCCAUGUUCCUGAGACUCUACCUGAUAGGCAGGGUCAUGUUACUCCACAGCAAGCUGUUCACGGACGCUUCGUCUCGCAGCAUCGGCGCCCUCAACAAGAUCAACUUCAACACACGCUUUGUCAUGAAGACCCUCAUGACCAUCUGUCCAGGAACUGUCCUGCUGGUUUUCAGUAUAUCCUCCUGGAUCAUUGCUGCAUGGACUGUGCGCGUCUGCGAGAGGUAUCAUGACAAACAGGAAGUGACGAGUAACUUCCUGGGAGCCAUGUGGCUCAUCUCGAUUACCUUCCUCUCCAUUGGCUACGGGGACAUGGUACCGCACACGUACUGUGGGAAAGGCGUGUGUCUGCUUACAGGGAUCAUGGGAGCCGGUUGCACUGCGCUGGUGGUUGCAGUUGUAGCCAGGAAGCUGGAGCUGACCAAGGCCGAGAAGCACGUCCACAACUUCAUGAUGGACACACAACUCUGCAAACGAGUAAAGAACACAGCUGCCAAUGUACUCAGGGAAACAUGGCUCAUCUACAAACACACCAAGUUGGUCAAAAAGAUAGAUCACGCCAAGGUGCGGAAACACCAGCGCAAGUUUCUCCAAGCCAUUCACCAACUGCGCAGUGUUAAGAUGGAGCAGAGGAAACUCAAUGACCAGGCCAACACCUUGGUGGACCUGGCAAAGACCCAGAAUGUGAUGUACGACCUGGUGGCAGAGCUGCAGGAGCGCAGUGAGGAGCUGGACAAGCGCAUCGGCACAUUGGAGGAAAAGCUGGACUCGGUGACGGGCAGCCUGCAGGCGCUGCCGUGCCUCAUCUCCCAAGCCAUAACCCAGCAGCAGCAGGAAUUCCUGGACGGCUUUGUUCACCGCUUUCGGCCGGCCUCGCUAGCCUCUGAGCGUUCCGAGCGCUCGGAACGAUCCUGGACUUCCACCGCCCGCAGGAGGCGCUCGCCCUCCACAGCACCACACACCUCCUCAGAUAGUGGAUAACCUUGACGAAUCACCUCUGAGCCCCUCUUUACCAAACCAACUUGUCACCACAUUCUGUCCCAUCCAAAACCGUCCCUGUAACCACUGGAGAGUCCAUGUCUGGACGAAUGAAGACACCCAUAUCUUGACACCUGACCAGAUCCUUGACCCUAUUCUCUCCCUCUCAACCAUCACCACCCAUCCCUUCUUGCCUUCUUCCGCAAUCAACUUCAAACCCAAAAUCCAAUUCCUCUGUGACUGGGCCUCUCAGCACAGGGCUGGAUCAGAGCUACUCCAAAAGAACAAGGAACGGCAAAUGAAGACUUAAACCAAGUAAAAAUACAAAUGCAUCCAAAAACCGAAAAAGUGAAAAGAAAAAAAAAAUGACAGAAAAACCGAGAUAAAGUAGAGAUAUGGUUUAUGUUUUAGCCAUUGUAUGGCUGUUCAAGUUAGCUUUUUUGUAAAAGCCCUUGUAUAGUUAAAAAAUGACUGAGUUCAGGGUCGCUGGGGUGAGAGCUGGCUAUCACACCGGAGAGUCCUUAACCACAAGGGGGGAAGUUGGUCUGUGGAACUGAGGGCCUGGGCUCGCCUGCUGGCCCUCCGAGGCCGUGGAGGACAUCUGUCCACCCAUCCGUCCGUCUGUGUCUGUCUGGUUGGGGAGUGAGACAAACCACUGGAUUUCCCUUUCAAAAGACAAGUGUCAUGGAUUCUUUCCCAUAGGUUAGGGUGGAAGAUUUAGGAAAGGCUGGGAAAGCUCCGACUUCUCAUCAGUGUUUGAAAAUGCACUUGGGGGGAUGGGAAACUACUACACAGAAGAGCAAAGCGGACACAUAUGGCAUUACUACUGGGUAGGAAAAAUUUACACAAUUGCCAACUUCAAGGUUACAGCUUCCUUGUUCUUACCAAGGAAAAAACGAGAGCGACUAUCUUUUUUAGUUACAUAUUGACAUGUGAUUUUUCAGUGCCUGAAUGUAUAAAUAGUAGAGGGUUAUUUAAUUACUAAUUUCAGAGCUUUUUUACGAUGUUAACAGUCUGAAUACAGCAUUGCAUUCCUUUUUCAGAUACAUUCCUCUCCAAAAAUUGAAAGAAAAUGUCUUAAUGUAAUGCAUAGCAUUGCCUCCAUUACAUAUACACUAUUUCUACUAACACCAUGAGAAACGAAAAGUGUUCAGAGAGAAAGUGAGACAGACUGAGAGAAUAUUUAUGAGUGUUUGUCGGAGAACAAGUUCACUUUAGCUUAAUGCUGCAAACUCAUGCACACGACAGAGAGAUACAGUAUGUAGUAGUCUACCUUUCUCACCACCACUAAUUCGAGCUUCCUGUGGUCUUCAGAUGACGGCAUGGCUUGAGGUCUGCUGGUACACACGGCCACACAGGCACAUAUCAGCGGUGAAACUGAGGAACCAUCCCUGCCCCUUUGCAUGGUUCUGUGCAAAAAUGGAACACACUCUUUCUAGGAUGGCUUGAUGAUUUUCAUGAUUUUGAUUUUAAUUGCUUUUACUUUUGUUUGUUGCAUUUCUUUCUUUUGUCAUUUUUUUUUUUUUUUACUACAAUUUUCUUUUUUAAAAGCUAAGAUACCUUUUUAUUUUUGAGCUGCAGAACCUAUAGAGUUGCACUAACGUGAUUCUGUAAUGCAUUCCCUGUUUGAUAUAUGAGGUAAAGAUGAGUCACUACUACUAAAGAAUCCUGGACGGCUACAAAUAAAAGUGCUGAUGAAACUUUGAUGGUUACAUCACAGUGAAUUGUUCCUUCAGCAAGUUAUAAGGAAGAGUUUUGGCAUUUUGGGGUCUUAUGCCUGUCCACCUGCAAACUAAGAAAGACAAAACACUACCGAUAUCAUAUCUCUGAGGUAAAUAUGCAGCUUUUGCUCACAACCCGGUAGCGUAGCUUAGCAUACAGUCUGGAAAUGGGGAAGAAGCUCUACUGGCCCUCUUCAACAUUAGCACACAUUAUAUCUGAGUUAUUUAAUCUGUACAUAAACUAAGAUUGUAGACUGAUACAAACUAUGUGCAGGUUAAACAAAUACAUUUUUACAAUUUAUGCUAAGCUAAUCUAGCUGGCUGCUAAGGGUAGCUUUAUAUUUACCGUACAGAAUGGGCCCUAAAAUGACAGAAACCAUAUUGAGAAAAACUUAACAAUUGCUUUGACUAUUGAGUUUGUCCAUGUCCCAUCCACUAACAUGAAGGAUGUUAGUGACUUUGAAGCAAUUAUGACCUACACGGCAGCUAGCCACCAGGGGGCGAUCAAGUCAUUUCGGCUUCACUUUAUGGGAGCAGUCAUGUUGCAUCUUUAUAUACAGUUUACUGGAAAGACUCCAUAUCAAUCGUCUUCUCCAACUCUCUGCAAGUAGAUUCUAAAAUGGCAAAUUCUGUCUUAACAACUACAGUCUACACGCCAGGCUUGUUCCUAAAUGACACUGAAUUACAUUCACUGUGACAUAGAAGAAGUUUGAACAUUUGAAAUUUCAAAAGCAUGGAAUAUGAGUCAGCCUAGAGUUGUAACGACUAGAAAACUUCUGCUCUGACAAAGUUGAAUAUGAAAAGCAGAUCAGGAAGACAGCGGGUUAGCAGGCUAGCAUGCUGUACUAAGGUAGUUUGAAUGGUAGAUAAUCUCAUAUGGAUGUUAGUGCUAAAAAAAAAAAUCUUUGAAUGACCCCUUAAGCUGACAGGCAAAUAGAAUAAUUUUUUCUUGGAUCUUAAUUAUUUCCGAGCUGCUUUGGGACCAGUCAGGUCCAAGUCUGAGCCUGUGAGACCGAGAGCGACUUCGCCCUCCCACAGCUUCUGGACUGGACAGAGAGCACUUCAUUUAAGAACACUCUGAGUUUGCUACAACUUAAUCAAGCAUGAAUAUGGGUUAUUUUUCCUUUCAACUUGAGUUGAUGAAGCAUGACUUUUUACUUCCUCGCCAUGCACCUCUCGUGCUACAUCCCACCCUCCUGGUAUGAGGGGAUCUAUCAUACCGUUCAAGGCUCCGUUUCAAUCAGUGUCAUCCAAUGAGUCAGCGCGGCUAAUGGAGGACCACCUGCUUGAUUACGACCUCACCUGCCUCUUCGUAUCUAGGGUUUCCACCUCUUCAUUACAUCAGAGCUUCGGCCUUGUGUUUGUCAUCUGUCAUCAUUAAGAACAUCACCCGUCCCCCUCGAACAAAAUGACCUGCAGCAAAGACAUUGGUUCAAAUGAAAAAAAACACACUAGGAAAAGGAAGAAGCAGGGGAACCUCUAGGUCUUAUUCCACGUUGCACUCAGUUUGUAGUAUUCAGUUACACUCCUCAAUGUUGGGGUGUCCAGGUAACGGUGUUGAGGACUUCCUCCUUCAUCAGGCAACAGGAAAGAGUGAAAAAAAGAAAGAAAGAUGAGAGCCAUCGCUCAUUUACUGACAGACAUCUGUUUUGGCUCAGGGGGGUUGUGAACAGCGAGGCUGGGUGUCCUGUAAAUAUGACCUCAUUGUAGAUGUCGCCAAGUAAACGGGACAAAUGGUGAACCGCAGGGGUAAAGGUGGUCGGAUCAAAUGCACAGCAUGUUGCAGGUACAUGCAGCAGAAAACCUUGAAAGGUUGAACCUGAAGGGUUCCAAGUUCUGGCAAAUUAAAAGAUAAUGUUUGAUGAGUUCCACACGUUUUCUUUUUUUUCUUCUCCUCCUCUGAUGGAGGUUUGAUCAGGUUGAUAUUAAGUUUUAUUUUAAAUUUUGUAUCCAUUUGUUUUCUUCAGUCCGUUUCCUGUCACUAACAAAGACCUGCCAAAACACCAUUCCAAUAUUUAAUAGUGACCCAAUAGAAAAAAAAAAACACACAUGGUAUUUUGUAGUGACGUGAGGGACAUUCAUGAUGUUAUUCUGAUGAUGGUAGAUGAGUCAAAGUGAUAAACCCAGAGUCUUUUAUUAUCCAGAAAAUCUUAGGCUUUCCUCAUAGAGCAGGCAUCUGAACACACUUCCACUGAACAAUAACAGAGUGAACCCCCCCCCCCCCAACCAAAAGUGAAGAAAUGUAACCCAACCAUUGUUCUGUGUACACUGCCACAUGAUGCAUAAUGUACGUAGUAGCACUGGAAUAAAUCAACUUUUAAUGGAUGGCUAAUGGGUUUAACAUAUUCUCUGUAUACUGUUUCACUGUUCCUUCAUUUUGCAGGUUGAACUUUUGUCCUAGCAAGGAGAGACACCGAAGUGAAAUCAUU